AUGAUGAACAUAGUUAUCCAGGUCGUCGGCUCAAGAGGUGACAUCCAGCCUUUUGUUGCGCUAGGAAUCGCCCUCAAAGAAGCAGGCCAUCGUGUCCGUGUUGCGACACAUGAGACAUUCCGUUCAUUCAUCCUGGAAGUAGGCCUAGAGUUCUUCAACAUCGGCGGAGAUCCUCGAAAGCUAAUGGCCUACAUGGUGAAAAACCCCGGCCUUCUUCCUAGCAUGGAAACCAUCCGAAAAGGAAGUAUCUCAGAGAAAAGAGAAGAUAUGCGCGAGAUUCUUCAGGGAUGCUGGCGAUCAUGUUUCUUGCCAGAUGAAAAUGACGACCCGGCAGCAACGCCAUUCCUGGCAAAUGCCAUCAUUGCGAACCCGCCUUCUUUUGCACAUGUGCACUGUGCGGAGAAGCUGGGGAUUCCGCUUCAUCUCAUGUUCACAAUGCCCUGGUCCCCGACACAAGCAUUUCCCCACCCUCUCGCCAAUAUUCAAUCUUCAUCGUUAGGAGAGAAGAUCACGAAUUAUCUGUCUUACAUGCUUCUAGAAGAACUGAUAUGGGAAGGCCUAGGAUAUACGAUUAAUUCAUUUCGACGCAAGACUCUCGGCUUGCCCCAAAUUGACAGAUCGUCAGGACCAAAUCUGGUGGCACGUUUGGGGAUUCCGUCCCCAGCUUUAAUACCCAAGCCCGAUGACUGGGGCGCCAGGAUCUCAGUUUCGGGAUUUUACUUUCUACCUCCCGCUGUAGACUACAUACCGCCAACAACACUGCAGGCCUUCCUAGACGCAGGAAGACCCCCCAUUUACAUCGGAUUCGGAUCAAUUGUUGUUGAUGAUCCGAAAUACCUCACCGAACUACUACUGGAAGCCGUCCGACUCGCCGGCGUACGAGCUGUGCUCUCCACAGGAUGGAGCGGAUUAGGCGACAUAAAGAUGCCACCCGAAGUCCUCACCGUCGCAGACUGUCCCCAUAACUGGAUCUUCGAGCGCGUCUCUUGUGUGGUACAUCAUGGCGGAGCAGGAACAACCGCAGCAGCGAUUGCAGCGGGGAAACCAUCGGUGGUCGUGCCUUUCUUUGGCGACCAGCCUUUCUGGGGGAAUAUGAUUGCGCGAGUCGGAGCGGGAUCUGAGCCUAUUCCGUUUAAGAAAUUAACAGCUGAGAAAUUGGCGGAUGCGAUUGGGUUUGCGCUGAGAUGUAAUGUGCGGAAGAUGUCACGGUCGAUAGGGGAUGUUAUUAAUGACGAGGAUGGGGUGCAGGCCGGUGUAAGGUCUUUCCAUCAGCAGUUGGAUUUGUCGAUGUUGCAGUGUUCUCUUACACCGAUGAGUGCGGCGACAUGGCGGGUGAGAAAGACGGAUAUUAAGCUUGGGUCGACUUCUUCUGCGCUCUUGAUGGAUAUGGGGUUACUUGAUUUGGAUAAGCUUGAGCUUUACAAGAUCCAUGUUGGACCACGAAAUCCCGUAACUGGUAUCGCCCUGGCGAUAUUUGAUUCAACUGGGUCGGCCAUUAAAGGGUGCGGAGAAAUUGGUUCGUCUAUGAGCUGGAAUUUUGAGAAAGCAACUCGCGAAGAGGAUGUCCAUUUCCGAGAUUCGAGAGCUGGUACUUUCGUGAAGGGUUUCUGUCGGGCUUCGUCAAGUCUGGUGCGUGCGCCGGUUCAUAUGGGAAUGGCGUUUACGCAGGGUCUACACAACUCCCCGAGGAUCUGGGGGGACAACGCAAUAAGGCCGCUUGAGACGGUUCAAGAUUUCCCCAGUGGACUGAAGACUGGCGGGAAGCUAAUGUGCUUGGAUGUCUACGAAGGCAUGACAAGCUUCAUCACAUAUCCCGCCUCCAGUGCCCGACGACAUAGUGUGCUGAAGGUAUUGUCUGGCGUUGGGAUUGGCAUACUGUCUGGUCUCUGUAAGACAGUCUCUGGUAAUUCUGCCUUUGCCUCGCUCAAAAUCAGUCACUUACAUUCAUCAGGACUAUCAGCCAUCAUCACCUAUCCACUGGGUGGCUUGGAAGUGGAAGCCACUCACUAUUUCUCACGGAAACACAUCUCAUCCUUGGAUAUCCAACUAGUGAAACAAGGACGGAGUGAAUAUGAGAAAUUAAGCGACGAGCAGCGUGCUGCCAUUGUUCAAAAAUUCAAGGAAGCGACGUCAGGUUUGAAGAAGAAACGAUUUAAGAACAAGAUUGGAAGGGGUAAGAAGGUCAAUAUGGCGAAACCGAGGGUCAAAGAAUGA